AUGGAGCAUCGCACGAUUGACUUCAACGUUGAGGCCUUUGUCGAUCCGUCGUCUGUCCAAGAUGUUGUUCGGGGCAUCCUCCAUACCAUCUUCUUCCACCGCUUCUUCCCCUCCGUCAUGCCCCGCACCCGCAACGUCCUCGACCUGACGCUGCCCUACAUUGACGACAACGAACUCGAGACCCUGAUCGACCAGCGGACGCAGAUGCUCGUGCGCCAGCUCGAGGAGGAGAAGUCGGCCAGCAUCAACGACGGCAGCCAUGGCGGCAGCAACAGCCGGGGCGGCCGCGGCCAGAUCUCGGUGCAGUUCUUCGAGAAGCGCCGCCGCAAGGCGUGGUAUGUUAUGCGCGGCGAGGAGGAAGUGUGCUGGGAGAGCUGGACAGUCAAAGUCACCGUGGCCGAGCCGCGCACAGAAAGUGAACGGGCCAAGGUCCGCCAGGCCAUGGAGUCCACGCUUCUAGCCGCCGUCAUGAAAAUCGUCACCUCCGUCAACGCCAACAAGGACCACAUCCCACCCAUCACCACCUCCGAGUCGAACCCGUUUCCGUACCAGAUCAAUGUCAACCAGAAAGAGGCCGGCUGGGCAGCACGGAUGGGCAUAUACUAG